GUCCACUCUUUGACAAAAGGGCAGAAAACAGAAUCCUCAGAACUCAAACAUAGAAACACAAGUCCAAGAAUGUCUGCACUGCAUGAAUAUGGAUUCUAUUGAUUAGUCAAUGGUGGCUUUCUUGUUCCACUGUACUUCCUUCAAUUCUCACACUCUCCAAUUUCUCUCUCUCCCCCCUGUAUAUAAUACACAAGCCCAACAAUCAUUUCUUGCCACUUGAAAAGCUUUCUGUAGUAUAAAAUGAAGAUCAGAAGAUAUUGCUGCUUUUUAGCAGCUACACUGCAUGUUCUAAGUUUGGUUUGUGCAGCAAAGAGGCCCUUCUUGGCACCUCACAAAACUCAGAUUUUGGAUUCUCCUCGAGCUGUUUUCGACCCCAUCCAGGGAGGGGAAAUGAUGGAAGGGGGGCUGAGCAAACUUGGGUCAAGGCCACCAAACUGUGAGCACAGAUGUGGGAGGUGUAAGCCAUGCGUGGCCAUUCAAGUACCAACUACUAGUAGCAGAGGGCAUAUGGGAGUGCAGUAUGCAAAUUAUGAGCCAGAAGGGUGGAAAUGCAAGUGUGGGACUGCUGUGUUUGAGCCAUAGGUUAAAUUAAAAUCCUAGCUCUGAUAUGAUCUGAUUUUCCUUUUGAUUAUUUGUGUACUUCACCAAUGGCAGCCUAGCUAGCUAGGACCCUCCCCUCUUUACUUCAUCCUGUCAACUUUUUGUUUUUUCUCUUGUAAUUAUUGCAUCUAUGUGUAUGUCCACUGUCCUCUUGCUUUCAUCAAUUCA